AGAUUUUGCAAAAAAGCGCAAUGUGCAUGAACUAAUAGCAAAAAGUAUCGCGCCUUCUAUAUAUGGUUCAGAUGAUAUCAAAAAAGCAAUUGCAUGCUUAUUGUUUGGUGGUUCGCGUAAAAGAUUACCGGAUAGUCUUACUCGUCGAGGGGAUAUAAACGUGCUUUUGCUGGGGGAUCCCGGAACUGCUAAGAGCCAACUUUUAAAAUUUGUUGAAAAGGUUGCUCCGAUUGGAGUGUACACAUCAGGGAAAGGCAGUAGUGCGGCUGGUCUUACUGCUUCAGUAAUUCGUGAUCCUCAGUCGCGUUCAUUUAUAAUGGAAGGUGGUGCAAUGGUAUUAGCUGAUGGUGGGAUCGUAUGUAUUGAUGAAUUCGAUAAAAUGCGUGAGGAUGAUCGUGUUGCAAUUCAUGAGGCAAUGGAGCAACAAACCAUUAGUAUUGCAAAAGCAGGUAUCACGACCACAUUAAAUUCUCGUUGUUCAGUGCUUGCUGCAGCAAAUUCUGUUUUUGGUCGUUGGGAUGAUGCUAAGGGUGAUGAAAAUAUUGAUUUCAUGCCAACCAUACUUUCUCGUUUCGAUAUGAUUUUUAUUGUGAGGGAUACUUAUGAUGUAACUCGAGAUUUGGUCUUGGCUAAGCAUGUUAUUUCUGUUCACGUCAAUGCUUCAUUAAAUGUAACCCAUGAAGAAAAUAUCGAAGAAGACAUAUCACUAGAAUUUUUAAAGAAAUACAUUGCCUACUGCCGUGAGACUUGUGCUCCUCGUUUAUCUGAUACUGCCGGUGAAAAAUUGGUCCAUAGUUACGUGCGAAUGCGUAACCCGCCAGUGGAUCCAGCUCAAAAACAAUCUAAAUAUCACCUUCCGGUUAUACCAAUUACGGUACGCCAAUUGGAAGCUAUUAUACGUAUGAGUGAAUCAUUUGCCAAGAUGGAAUUAUCACCUUUUGCUCAUGAGCGACAUGUAGAAGAAGCACUUCGUCUGUUUCAUGUUUCUACAAUUGAAGCAGCUGCUACUGGAAACUUAAUCGGUAUCGAAGGUUUUACUACGAUUGAAGAUCAAGAAGCCUUUUUCCGCAUCGAACGACAAUUAAGAAAACGCUUUUCUCUUGGGACACAUGUCUCUGAAUAUCUUAUUGUUCAAGAUUUUAUUCGGCAAAAUUAUCCUGAGAUGCUUAUUAGAAAGGUCAUUCAGUCACUUGUCCAACGUGGUGAUCUUCAAUAUCGCAUGCAAAGAAAGAUGCUUUAUCGUGUGAGAUGA